AUGGCCGACUUUGUUACUCCAGAACAAAUGGCCGCGUCUAUGCAACAGAUGCAAGAGUUACAGCAAACACUCACAGCGCAGCAACUGGCUGCACAACGGGAACCACCUGUCCCAAUUGGUGAGAGAAACCUACCGCGUAACAUCUCUGCUACGCGAUCUUCUAUCGCUCCACCACCAUGUCAAAGGGCAGAUUUCGAGAUAAAACCCGGCGUGAUCAAUCUUGUCCAGAGAAAAAUGUUCCAUGGACUGUCAACUGAAAUACCGAUGGAACACAUUGAAGCUUUUGAAGAGAUAUGCAGUUUUACUCGUGCAAACGGCGUUCCACCCGACUACAUCAAAUGCAUGUUGUUCCCAUUCUCUCUAGCAGACAAGGCUUCACGAUGGCUUAAGUCAUUACCUACAGGUUCCCUAACUUCUUGGGAACAGGUUAGAGCGGCUUUCUUGGGACACUUCUAUACGAAAGCCAAAACAGCUGCCCUACGGAACAAGAUUUCCUCCUUCAAGCAACUCCCUAGUGAACCUUUCAACGAAGCUUGGGACGGAAUCUUCUACGAUGGAGUGGAAUGGGAGUUCCGCAAUGCUCUGAACGCAGCGAGCAAUGGAGAUUUCAUGACUCAAACCACAGAAGGAGCUCACGCGCUAAUAGAGAACAUGGCAGCUAGUUCGUCCAACAAAAACGAGGAAAUUGACUGUUCCAAAAAGGUGAACAGCAUGGACACUAGGAAGAUUGAUGACCUCGCCGCUAAGGUCGAUUUGCUGCUCAAGAACAAUCAGAAUCAGAUCUAUGUCAUGGAAGAAACUAAUCUGGAACCAGGUACUACAGAUGCUGCAGCAGAAACCGAGACAUCAGAAAAAGAUCAAUCUCAGGGAAAUCAGUUCCAAAACACUGGAUAUCAGAAGCCAUACUUUCAGAAUCAGAAUCAGAAUCAGAAUGGGAAGAUGUUCAUCCUCAGCCAUGCUCAGAAUCAAUUUCAGAAACGGCAGAAUAAUCCACAGGCUGCUCCUGGAACCGCGAGCGGUCCGCCAGAUGAGCUGAAGGGAAUGAUGCAACAACUUCUACAAGGUCAACAGAUUCAAGGAAAAGCACUGAACCAGGUUACAACCGAGAUAAACACUCGGAUGGACAACAUGUUCACGGAAUGUAAUUCCAAAUACGAUGCUGUAGCAAGCCACAUAAGGCAGAUGGGCGUUCAGAUUGCUCAAACUGCUGAAACAAUAAAAAGGCAACAAGGAACACUCCCAGGGAAAACAUACAAGAAUCCCAAGGGCGGUAACACAGUCGAGCUGAGAAGUGGAAGACAUCUAUCAGAUCCUGUCCCCAAGAAGCUCACUGCUCAAUAG